AUGGGCAACAUUUGCCAGAGAUUUCGGGGCUACAUGAAGCUCUGUCUUCCCUGCCUGUUUCGGGAGGCAGAAAUCUCGAUGGUGAUUGAGAACCCAGGGGCCUGCAACCCCCCUGAGCCUGAGCCUGAGCCUGUCCCUGUCCCACCACGGACUCAGGAACCCUGGAAAAAUCAGGGCCACUACUUUGUGGCUCUGUUUGAUUACCAAGCUCGGACAGCAGAGGACCUGAGUUUCCAUGCCGGGGACAGAUUUCAAAUACUGGACACUUCCCAGGAGAGCUGGUGGUUGGCCAGACGCUUAGAGGAAAGAGCAAACGGCCCUUGUUGGCAGCUGCAGGGCUAUAUUCCUUCUAACUAUGUGGCGGAGGACAAGAGCCUGGAGGCAGAGCCGUGGUUCUUUGGAGCAACCAAGAGAGCAGAAGCACAGAAAUACCUGUUGCAUUCAGGAAAUCAGACGGGUUCUUUUCUAAUCAGAGAAUGUGAAAGCCAGAAAGGAGAUUUCUCCCUUUCAGUUUUAGAUGCAGAGACUGUAAAACACUACAGAAUAAGAAGACGGGAAGAUGGGGCCUUUUACCUUACUCGGAGAAAAACCUUUUCAACACUGAAUGAAUUUGUGAGUUACUACACUAGGACAAGUGAUGGCCUGUGUGUAAAGCUGGGAAAACCAUGCUUAAAGAUUCAAGUCCCGACACCUUUUGAUUUAUCAUAUCAAACUGCAGACCAAUGGGAAAUAGAUCGCAACUCUAUUAAACUUCUGAGGCGAUUGGGAUCUGGUCAGUUUGGUGAAGUGUGGGAAGGCCUGUGGAACAAUACGACUUCAGUAGCAGUCAAAACAUUAAAACCAGGUUCAAUGGAUCCAAAUGACUUCCUGCGGGAGGCACAGAUAAUGAAGAGGCUAAGGCAUCCAAAGCUGAUCCAGCUUUAUGCUGUUUGCACUUUAGAAGAUCCCAUUUAUAUUAUUACAGAGUUGAUGAGACAUGGAAGCCUGCUAGAAUAUCUCCAAUGUGAUGCUGGAGUAAGAAUUCAUCUGAGUGAUCAGGUAGACAUGGCAGCACAAGUAGCCUGUGGAAUGGCUUAUCUCGAGUCCCAGAACUAUAUUCACAGAGAUCUGGCUGCCAGAAAUGUUCUGGUUGGUGAGCAUAACAUCUACAAAGUGGCAGAUUUUGGACUUGCAAGAGUUUUUAAGGUAGAUAAUGAAGACAUCUAUGAAUCUGCUCCUGAUAUUAAGCUGCCUGUAAAGUGGACCGCACCUGAAGCCCUGGUUAAUAAGAAAUUUAGCAUUAAGUCCGAUGUGUGGUCAUUUGGAAUCCUUCUCUACGAAAUCAUUACUUAUGGCAAAAUGCCUUAUGGCGGUAUGAGAGGUUCUGAAGUUGUGCAGUUUUUGAAUAAAAAGAAUAGACUUUCUCAACCAAGUCACUGUCCCCAGAAAUUCUACAGCAUCAUGUUGGAUUGCUGGAAGGAAGACCCUAAGGAAAGGCCAAGAUUUGAAACACUGUAUUAUAAAUUUGAGGAGUACUUUGAAAUAAGCACUUCAUUUGAUACAAGUUACUACGAAGGUGAAAAUUAA